CAUGCUGCCUUGCCUUAUCGGCCCAGCUCUCACCAAAAGUGGGAUCCGAGGUCGCGACUUCACUUGUUGAUCUCUCCUUCCACGCUCUCGGAUCCGCUCCGGGCACCGCUGCUGCAGGCCCAGACAUUGCUGUCCUGUCCCUCGUGCGCUGCUCGUCGCGUGCAAGACACGACUUGACCAGCCAACUCGACGUCGUCCUUCGCGCCAAUGUCGACACGAGUGGCUUAGCUGGUGGCACCCCCAGACGCAGCCGUGCUACAGGAAAAUUCGACGCCAACGCCCUGAUGCCUUUGGAAACCCCCAUCCUCAAGGUCUCGCGACCCGUCGCUGCAUGCUCGAGAUGCCGCAAUGCCAAGAUCAAGUGCGAUGGCAAAUUGCCAGCUUGCUCAUCGUGCGAGAAGAACGGAAGGGCUGCGGAAUGUACCAGCACUAACGACCAGUUUGCACGCGGCAAAGAGCGCAGCUAUGUGUCCACGCUGGAAACUCGGAUCGAAAAGCUCAAAGAGAAAUUAGAGGAUGCCCGUGCCAGGAAGCCUUCGGUCGUGGACAUGUUCGAGGAUGACUCCGCCGCAAGACGUCAAUCGUAUCAAGUCCAGGAGCCACCGACUCCCAAUACCCCGAACCAGACGAAGGCUAUGAGGCGCAAAGAGGCCGCGACGAUCGAUGACUUGGUAUCAGACUUUGGCUUCCUAUCUGUCAAUGCCACCGCACGAGACUUUUAUGGCUUUACUAGUGCCAUGUCGUACGCUCGACUUGUGCUCUGGGCAAGCUCGAAGGAACAACUUCCAAAGUCCAUGUCACAAGAAUUGCCUCCUCGCCAUCAAGCAGUGUCUCUGAUCCAGCACUACCUUAACAACGUCUUCGUCCUCUUGCCAGUCUUCGAUGAGGCAAGCUUCUGGGGCUCUGUAGACAGAGUCUAUUCACGCCAUCAGCAUUCAGCUGAUGCACAUGAUCAGUACAUGGUACGGAUUGUACUGGCCAUUGCGAGUGCUUCCAUGUCCGAGCAGCGUGGCGACCAGCGCUACAUGGAGGCCAUAGGUCAUAUUUGCGCUGCUCUCAGUCACUCGGAAGAUGUACUCCAUCCUGGAGAAAUUGCCAGUAUCCAAGCUUUGAUCCUCCUGACAGAGUUCGCGAUGUUGGAUCCUCACCACUUCGACUCGUGGGAAUUGAUUGGAGCUGCCUCCCGCGCAAUGGUCGAUCUUGGCCUGCACCAAGAUCCUCCCAAGGGCACCGCGAUGCCAAAGGCUAAGCUAGACUUGCGGCGACGAGUAUACCACUGCGUGUACGCUCUGGAUCGCUCCACAUCUUUGGUGCAGACUCGCGCUUUUUCGUUCUCCGAUGAUAGCGCUAGAGUCAAAAUACCUUUCUCGAAACCUACAAGCUCAGCUCCUACUUCCCCGGCGCCAAACACCUCACAAGGACUCUGGCUGCAAUCAUAUGAGCACGUCGCGGACCUGAUCAAGCUUCGUCAGAUCCAGUCUCAAUGGUAUACAGACUUAUUCCAAUCUGGGCGCACCCGCUGGGACGAGCCAUAUCACUACAUAUGGGAUACCUGUGAUUCGAUGCGCAAAUGGUUCGACAACCUGUCUGCCUCGAUGUCACCAAAUAUGCGGGCCUUUUUCGAGCUGGACUUGCUCUACUCUUACGUCUAUGUACUGUCUCCAUCGCCAAGAGUACCGGUCGUGCAUCCCUUCGCGCAGAAGCUCAUAUUCGAAUAUUGCAUCCGAUAUGCCGAUCUCAUGCUGCGCAUGAUUUGCGAUCCUGGUUGUACAUCUCCCCUGACCUUCUACGAUGCCAUGAGGGUGUACAUGACUGGAAGGCAGUUCCUCGACGUGUUGCAACACAAUAUCGAAGGUCUAUUGCCAGGUCACGUACCUGCUCAUCCCGAAGUCAAGCCUUCAACUGCUGCACCGCCCCGAAUGCCGGUUGCCGCUUUGCCAUCGGGCGACACAGUUCUGAGAUUCAACAUCACACGCAGCAUAUCCUGUAUCAAGCAAAUUACAGAAUGUCUCUCAAAGUUCGGCAUUCGAUGGGGUUAUAUGAGCUGGAAUCAGCGAUACCAAACUGAAACCUCUGGCAUGCUCGAUGAGCUGAACUCUCGCCUGCGCGAAAUCGAUGGAACAGCCCGACGGCAAAGCACCUGGCACCACCACGGAUCGACCGGCUCGAUUGGAAGUAGCAUCAAUGGCAGUCUGUCUUACGCAGGCUCUCCGUCAGCUCUGCCUGCUGGGCAAUCUCUAUAUCAAGGGUCUCCAGCUGCUAUGCAGCAUACGCCUGGAUCGAUGCAUGCGCAUCCUGUGCAUCAAGUCAGCCCGCCCGCGCAGCAAGUCCCGCAGCAGGUUUCGAUGUAUCAAACGACGCCACCUCUAGUUCAUGGGCAGAACAUACACGUUGGGCAGCAAGGACAACAGCAACAAUCCUACUUCCAGCAACCUGUUUACAACUUCAACGAAGUCCCCAUGCCGCAGCAGCAGCAGCAUCAGCGGUCUGUCUCGCAUCAGGCCCAUGUCCAUCCCGCUUCGCAGUUUGCAAACUGGACAGGAUAUGGAGGUCCUGGCGGUAAUCCAGACACGCUUGAUGAGGAGAACGCGGUACCUCCGAUUUCAUAUAAUCCCUGGAAUGUUGAUACUCAGGGCUAGCGUGUGCUAAUGAUGGGAUCCAGAUCGCAGUGGAAGCUACUCGGUCUGAAGCUGCCACCCGGCUCAACCCAGGAAGUCAGAUUCAUCCACACCAGGGUCCUGCUAUCAAUAGCGAUGUGAUAUACCCGGUCCACGAAGCCGCGGGUCGCGCGGACAGAUCACGACUCCUCGAUUUCAGCAUCCCGAAAACUUCGAUUCUGCCAGAACUCGAUGGCAGAGGGCCUGCACCUGCCCCGCCUGGCCGCCGCCAGCCGAGAAGCACUAUGAUGGAUGCAGCUACGACCAUCUCGUCCCUGCCAG